UCCAUUUCUUCUAAGGGUUCAAGAGGCAAGUUGCGUUCUUUAGCCUUACAUCCUGGCCUGCGCAUCAGGAUUGGGGUCUGGGUGCGAAUCUAGGAGAAGCACGAAAGCUAGAGGAAGAGACCAAAGAUCUUAAGUCAGGGGAAAGGGACAUAGCUCCUGGGGCCGGCUGGAUUUCGCAUCAAGCGAAACCUUCGCCUUCAAAACCGGGGGUGGGGUGUCCUCUCGGAGGGGGCUUGGCAGCCCCUGCCACUCAUCCCUGAGAAGCGUCGAGGUAGGGUGUUUCACCAUGGCUGAGGCCACGGAGCCCAAGGAGGUCGCUCUUGGUACCCAGGAGCAACCUGAAGCUGCGAGAAUUGAGGGUCUAGAAGAACCUGGGACUGCGGACCUGGAGGGGCGGGAAGCGAGCAAGGGAACUGCAGAGGCGCCCAGGGAGCAGGGAGCGGGCGAAGCGACUGCCUCGGGGAAGGAAGCAGGAGUCUGUGGGCCGGACGGAGGGAUCGGGGGAGCGCAGGCGCAGGACCCGCAGACUGGCCCCUGGACGGAGACUCCGAGCGCGAGCGGAGCGCAGGGUGAAGCUGAGGCUGCAGAGCGAGACCCAGAGGGUGCCGGGGUCCUGCAGCGAGCGGAGGAGGAGCCGGUCGCCCAGCAGGUGCGAGAGCCAAGCCCUAGGCUAGGGGAGCAGGGCGAGGCCCGGGAAAUCCCUGGGGCCGGUCACCAGCAACCGGAGGACCCUACGACCUCAGAGGCGUGGAAGGAGGUAGAGUCCAGUCUGGAAGAGCAGGGAGGCAGUGCACCAGGGUCGCAGAUCAAUACAGAAGCCCAGGGACCUGCAGGGGACAGCAUGGACACAGAUGCACCAGUAGGAGAGGCACAGGAGUCAGGGGGUGAGCCCCAGGGUGGAGGGGAAAGCAGCUCAGAGCCCCAGGCUGAGGCGACUGAGGUCGCAGCCGCAAAAGUCGAAGAGCACGGCCCCAGGGAGCUGGCGGGAACUCCCACCGCAGAUGCCGCGGGGGAAGCGGGAGUCCUGGGGAAAGACGGGUCGGAAGAAGCAGAUCCAGAGGAAGCCAGGGUAGACGCUGGAGAGAAUGGGAAGCAGGGCGGGCUCCAGGAGGAGACCGGGGAGGAAGAAGCGAGGCCAGAACCAGGGUUGGAGGGACGCUGUGAGGAGGGCAUCCAGGAGAAGCUCCCCGACGGCAGCACUGAUGAGGAGAAGGCCGAAUCCACCCGGCACGACGAGUCCCAGGCGGAGCUCAGCAACCACCUCGCUGAGGAGCCCAGCGCUCAGGGCGGAGAAGAAUUGGAACAAGUGAAUGGCCGCAGGCAGAACGGCCCAGCGUCCGAGGUGGGGGAGCCGGGACAGGAGCAUGACAUCACCCUCUUUGUCAAGGCUGGUUAUGACGGCGAAAGCAUUGGAAACUGCCCUUUUUCUCAGCGUCUCUUCAUGAUCCUCUGGCUAAAGGGUGUGAUAUUCAAUGUGACAACAGUGGACUUGAAAAGGAAGCCUGCGGACCUUCAGAACCUGGCUCCCGGGACAAACCCUCCUUUCAUGACUUUUGAUGGCGAAGUCAAGACGGAUGUGAAUAAGAUUGAGGAGUUCUUAGAGGAGAAGUUAGUUCCGCCGAGGUACCCUAAGCUGGGAACCCAACAUCCUGAAUCCAACUCAGCAGGAAAUGAUGUUUUUGCCAAAUUCUCAGCCUUUAUCAAAAACACCAAGAAGGAUGCAAACGAGAUUUAUGAAAAGAACCUGCUACGGGCCCUAAAGAGGCUGGACAGCUACUUAAACAGCCCGCUGCCGGAUGAAAUUGAUGCCGACAGCACAGAGGACGUCACUGUUUCCCGAAGGAAGUUUCUGGAUGGGGACGAGCUCACGCUGGCCGACUGUAACCUCCUACCCAAGCUCCACAUCAUUAAGAUUGUGGCCAAGAAAUACAGAGAUUUUGAGUUUCCCUCCGAAAUGACUGGCAUUUGGAGGUACUUAAACAACGCUUACGCCCGGGAUGAGUUCACUAACACAUGUCCAGCUGACCAGGAGAUUGAGCACGCGUAUUCCGAUGCGGCCAGAAGGAUGAAAUGAUGUUGGGUUGCUUCCUGUCUUUUUCUGCAGCUGAGUGAGCGAGGCUUCCGGGAGAACCUUCUCUGCACCUUCCCAGAAACAGCUCCUGCAAAAUGCCACUGCAGGAUGCUCGGCCUUGCCAUUUGUCUGCUCAUUCCUCCAUCUCAGCUAUGCUAAUUUAUGCCUUUGAGAUUCAGUUCUCUUGUAAUCCAAGUUUAGGGCGAUCUGUUUUGUGCUCUGUUGCAAAGCACAGUGGCAUUGACUUCCUCCUCCUCCUCCAUUUUAAAGAAGUUAGUCUUUCCUUGAUAGUUUUGAUAAUCACAUAGACAGCUGGGUUUUCUCUUCUUAUGUAUUUGCUUAAAAUGAGAAGGUGUUUUAUAUUUAUAAUACUUUAGAACCGUGUUAAAGGAUAUGAAGAAGAAAGUAAGAAUUAUCUAAAACUUAUGCUAUAUAACUUCUGAUAACAAAUUGGUGAAUAUUUCUAGAAUUUUCAGUCUUUCAUGUAUGCCUGUGUGUGUGUGUGCGUGCACACACAUAUGCAUACACAUCACAUAUAAUUUCAUUCACUCAUGGUGCGACAUUUGUAGGAGGCUGAUGAGGGGACCUUUUGGUGCCUUGGUGGUCAUCACAGGAGACUCAAAACAAAGGAAUUGUCCCUGCCAAACCACACAGGGACCACACUGUAUGUAGGUUCACCUGCAAGCCAAGGGACAGCAGGAACUAGGGUGAUGGGACCAGGGUGUCCUCUCUUGUCCUGAGGAUUCUGUGGCCUCUGAGUCCAGGAGAAAUGUGAGGUGUGGGAGAGAGGGCACCCCUGUGCCCCUUGUUCUAGCUUCCUCCCUGGUUCCUCCUCUUCUCUCUUCUCCAGAGGGCCUGUGUCUUCACAGGAGCUCUUCCAGUCAGCGGCAUCUUGGAGUAUCUUCCUGUCUGAUGUCACAUGUGAGCCUAUGAUUUUUGCUCAUGGCAGUUCUUCAGUGAGGAGGAUGUGGUUGAGGCUAGCUCAUCCAUGGCUACUUUCUGUCUCAUUCUCAGGCCAAGUAGGAAAACUAAAUUCCAGAAAAAACCCAGAAAGUCCAACUCUUGAGCAAUUUUGGAAGACGGUCCUCUAAAGAGGAGCGGAGGAGUGUUUGCUCCCCUGCUGCCUUUCCUCCGUCAUCCCUGGGGCCACCUUGCCUCAUAGCUAGGCCUACGGGCAGGCUCCUUGGCUCCAGCCCAGGCGUGGAUGUGAGGUCGCUUAGGUACUCUGCAAGACUUCUCAGGUUUGUCCCUCCACAGUCACAGGUCCUGCAGGAAGCGUCUCUUGUAACCUUGGCUAAGAAGUAUGGUGGGCGCUGGAACCCUCGUGCAUAGCCUGCUCAUUGGGCAAUUUGUUUGGAUGCCUUAAAGCAGUAAGAUCCAAGAUUGGGUGGAGAAUGUCUUGUAAGGACACAAAGUCCAAUAUGGAGGCUGCUUCAUUUCCCUGUUUCUUAGAAGCUCUGGCUUCAGCCCAGCAGUUGGUUGGUUCAUUUGUCACCGGAAGGAAUCGUGUCUAGCCCUUGUCACCGCAGCCCACAUUGUUUCAUGCCCCUUUAGGAGUUAGUUUCUAGAUCCUGCUUUUACAAAGUGGCGUUCAUUCUUGGUUAAUGGGUAGAAGUUAGGGUGUUAGACCUGUUAAUUUUUUUCUUUUAGAUAUUAGGAUGAGCACCAACU